CUGUCCGAGAAUUUGGCUCAGGAAAAUAUAAAUUUCCAUUUAAUUCCUCCGCAAGCCCCUCACUUUGGCGGUCUUUGGGAAGCAGGCGUUAAGUCCAUAAAAUAUAAUUUACGGAGAAUAUUAGGUAAUUGUAACCUUACAUACGAGGAAUUAAACACUGUGCUGGUUCAAAUUGAAGGUGUACUGAACUCUCGUCCGCUGACACCUCUCUCCACGGAUCCUGAUGACUUACUGCCAUUAACCCCGGGACAUUUCCUCAUCGGCCGCCCCAUCACCUCUCUUCCUUCUCAAAAUUAUGAAGAAGUCCCUAGCAGUAGACUGAGUCGAUACCAACGCAUCCAACAACUUCGUCAACAUUUUUGGAGAAGAUGGAGCAAGGAAUAUCUCUCAGAACUCCAGCAGAGAUCAAAAUGGCGUUCCAAUGCUGACACUUUAGGGACGGGUGAUCUUGUAGUCCUGAAGGAAGACAAUUUACCGCCGCUCAAAUGGCGACUGGAUCGAAUUACAGCCUUUCAUCCCGGAGCCGACGGCAUCAACCGCGUUGCCGAUAUCAGAACUGCCACCGGAAUCGUCCGAAGACCUUUCUGCAAAAUCUCCCCUUUACCUAACAACAAGGAAGGCUAA